AUGCGUUUUAUGUCCGUCGACAACGUCCUCCAAUACGCCUCCGACAUACCCUCAGGCCAGCCGCGACAUGCGCCAAGACCGUCCCCCCCUCAGAGGACAGCUCUUCCGAUGCGCCCGCGGCGUGCCAGUUCCCUGACAGGCGUGGGAGCUGGUCUUCCCCACAUUCAAUCCCGUAUUGGCCAGCAGAACAUCCCUUCGAGGACAUCCAAGAUCAGUCAGAAACUAGUGCUAUUGCCCGAAACCAUUGACGAGAGGAGAAGUUCCGACGAGGAAGAGCCCGACAGCGACGCCGCCAAACUAGCGAAGCGCCACGAAGACGACGAGGGCCGCCCUUUGAACGAUGACGAGCUCGAAAUCCUGAAAAAGAAGGGCGGCGUUCGCGGCAAGAGUUAUGCCGAGAGGCUGCCCAAGUUCGAGCGCAAGGAGAAGAUUGCCCGCCUUACCGCCUACUGCACCGCUCAGUCCUACAAGAUGAAAUCCACCGGCGAGUUUCUGCGCAAGAAACACGGGGCCAAGACCAAGCUCUACGACGAUUGCCUCUACGCUGUAUACUCGCUUCCGCUCCUCCCAGGAAGCGACGGCUUUAGGGUACGAAGCAGGCCGAUACCGAAAACUCCUGGAUCUGGGAAGACGCUGCUCGACUUGGAAAUUGAGCGCAGCGAGAGGCGGGAUCACUACGAGGGCUACUUUGAGGAUAAUGCCUUUACCAGCGGUGACGGCGAUGGUGACGGCGAUGGUGACGGUCACCGGGACGGUCACCGGGACGGUAACGGCGACGGUGGAGAUCGAGGUGAUGGAGAUGGUGGCGCCACCGUCAACGACCACGACACCCGUUCUCGGGAUCGGGAUUCCGACGUGUCGGGAGGAGACGAAACCGGCGACCGCAUUGAUCGAGGCGCGGAUCCGUCUGGCUCGCCCCAGCGAGACCGGAGUGCAGAUGAACGUUUUCUCUCUCCCAUGGGCCACAUUGCCCCGGAUACCAAGGCGUUCGCCGAAGUCUUCCUGUUCUCGUACGGUGUUGUCGUCUUUUGGAAUCUCACCGAGCGUCAGGAGAAGGACAUACUGGCAGACUUGACCUUUGCCGAGAACGACGCCGGCCAGAGCCUGCUCACCCGUCCCCUGGAGGAGGAUGAGUUUGAGACGGAAGAAUUCAAUUUCGAAUACAGCGCCGACAUCAAACGCCCGCGCAUUUUCAACGACAUGAUCACCCUGCUGCCGCGGAGCGACCACAUGAUCAAGCUGACCAUCAGUCACGCCAUCGCCCAGAGCACCAAGCUGUGCUUCUUCGAGGAACGCUUGAACGGGACCAUGCUCGACGCCCAACAUGUGCCUAAGCGCCUCGCCCUCACCGGCGAACUGGGCAUGACCCGAGCUGAGAUUGUCAAAAUCAUGGGCCGGUUAUUCACGAGUCGUGUCGACAUUAACCUCUCCUCUAACAUCCUCGACGUCCCCAACUUCUUCUGGGAUUCCGAGCCCACGCUGCAUCCCCUCUACAGCGCCAUCCGCGAGUACCUUGAGAUCGACACUCGCACCAAGAUGCUCAACGAGCGCUGCCGCGACUUCCUUGACCUCGCCUCGAUCCUGUCCGACUCGGUCGCCGACUACAAUAUGAGCCACAUCACAUGGAUAAUCAUCGUUCUUAUCGGCAUCAGCAUCGUCGUCACCGUCGCCGAGGUCGGCAUACGUUUCACCCUCCUAUCCAAACACAAGAACAAAAGUGCCGGUGACCUCGGGGCUCAGAUGCUGCUUGACGCCUCCUCCCUACCCCAGCUUGACGGUCCUCCCACAGUAUCAGCUGCGGACGCGGGCAGCGGAGCUAUGGGCCGCCUGGCCUGGGAGUUGCGGGAACGAAACGUAACGCUUGAUGAAGUGCGAAGGUGGAGCAGGAUGCUUGGACAGAACGAGCAUGAGAGGGGCUACCUUUGCGGGAGUCAGAUCAUUAGCCAGACGUAUAAAGGGGUCUGA